UCAUAAGGUGUAUGGAAUCACUCAUGGAUUGCGGAUUCACGUUCUCCGAAGCCUCGGGAAAGUUACCAAUUUCAGCGACCUUCGGCCCAAAUUACAUGGCUGCCAAACUUUACAAAAACUGCCCAUUAGAGGAUUUGGAGUUGAGCAAAAUGCUGAUUAGACCGCGCUUGUUUUUCUUGGAGGAAACGAGCAAGAAAUAUUUGCUGUCACGAUUGAAUUAUGGUUCGGUGAAACGUUGCUAUGUAUGUGAGGAUGAUGAGGUUAUGGGUAAAGAAUUGCAGAGGUAUAUUGUCGAAAAUAGCCCUCCAGAUGAUGUCAUUAACAUACCAUAUGCUGGUCAUAUGGUCUUGCUUACAAAACCUCAGAUGAUGAUCUGCUUUGGUUUGUUGGGAUUAGCUGACAAAUAUUAGUUGAUAAACUAUACUUGUUGAGAAGUUCCAUAGGGUAAAACAUCUUAAUGUUUUAUGUUUCUCCCCUUUUCAGAUAGGUAGGUUUGGAAAUCGGAAAAUUUCGGAUCGAAAUUAAUUCUUUUGGAUUUUUUUUUGAUU